AUGGUGAAGCCGAACGACGAUCCGAAGAUCUUCGGGUAUUACGAUGUGAGUUACGUAUCCGUCGGAGAGAAGCAAGUGGGAAAUCCCGCGGGCGGACGGUUUCGGUCGCCGUUGGGACGGUUUUUGUUCAAGACGAUCGGGCUCGAGCAAAAUUUGUUCGCACCUAAUAAGAUUGAGAAUCGCGUGGCGUUCACGUUGUUUGGGUGCUUGCCGGGGGAGGUGACACUGGAAGGAACGUUUGCGCCGGCGGAGGGCGUCGACGACGGACGUACGGUGAAGGCUUCGUUCGGACCACCGGGAAUCUCCGUCGCGGGCGGGCCGAAGUUGCGAAUCGGCCCAAAGUCUAGCGUCGUACUCAGCACGACGUAUUUGGACGAUCACGUCCGUUUGGGGAAAGGAUCGCGCGGGAGCUUGUUCGUGUUCACGAGAAAGUCUGAGGAGAAGGCGGAGCGUGAUCACAGACGGUGGGGCAUCGGAGGAUUGGCGAUCGCCAUCAUGCUCUUAACCGCGCUCGGUCUCGGUAUUUUCGGCGUGCACGAGCUUAGAACGACGAGUCAUACGCUGUAUUCGGUAACGGUCGUGCUUGCGUCGGCGAUUUCUCUCGCCAUGGCGUACAUUUUGCGCGACGGCGGAAUCGUCGCCGAGGACGCCGACCUCGACGACGACGUUGGCGAGUUGAGCGAACAGCAAAAGGCGUUCCUCUCCAGAGGACGCGGCGACGGCGAGAAUAAAGGCGAAAACGUGUUCAGUUCGCAAAAGGCGUAG